AUGGACAGUUCAAACAUUUUUAUAGAAUGUGGUAGUAAUCAAGGGGAAGAUGUAGAAGUUGAUCACGGUGAUUGUGGUGGUUAUGAUGAUGACACACUUUGGGUUCCUGCAAUUGGGAUGUGUUUUUCUUGUCUAGAGGAAGUUAAAACAUAUUAUCAAGAGUAUGCUUUAAAAAAGGGAUUUGGAUGGAGGAUUAGAUCAUCGAAAAAAGGAGAUGACGGGGAGGUCAACUACCUAAUACUUUCAUGUUCAAGAGAGGGGUCUAACAUUUCAAAAAUUUCAUACACGUUAAAGACACUGCCAUCUAGAGCAAAAAGUUGUCCUGCCAAGAUUUGUAUUAAAUUGAAACAAGAUGGAGGACAUGAAAAUAUUCCCUUUUGUGAAAAAGAUGUGAGGAAUUAUAUUAACAAAGAGCGUCGUGCAAUUGGAAAAGAAGGUGAUGGUAAGGCUUUGAUUAGUUAUUUUUGUAAAAUGAGGGAGCAAAAUACAGAUUUCUUCUACGACAUAGAUUUGAAUGAUGAUUUUCAUGUGAGGAAUGUAUUUUGGGCUGAUGCAAGAAGUAGAGCCGCUUACGAAUAUUUUGGAGAUGUUGUAACUUUUGACACAACAUACUUGACUAACAAGUAUGACAUGCCUUUUGUUGCAUUCGUGGUGUUUAUGGCAUAUAAUGAAAAAAUUCCAAAAAAGCUAAGUGGAUAUGGUGAAUACAAAAGGAUCAAGUAUGCAAUGAAAGAAGUCGUCUAUGAUACAUUUACAACAGCUAGUUUUGAACAAAAAUGGUGUUCGUUCAUAGAAAAGUUUGAUCUCCAAGAAAAUGAUUGGGUGGGUGGGUUAUGUAUUGAGCGUCAUAGGUGGGCAUCAACUUUGUUAAGGAUCUAUUUUUGGGAUGGUAUGUCAACUACGCAACAUAGUGAGAGCAUACAUGCUUUCUUUGAUGGAUAUAUUAAUUCUACAACAAGUCUAAAUCAGAUCGUGAAACAAUAUGAUAAUGCUCUUAGAAGUCGGGCAGAAAAGGAAUUUGAAGCUGCUUUUAAUUCGAUGGAUACAACAAUUCCAUAUGGAUCAAACUCUUCCAUUGAGAAGCAAUUCCAAAGUGAGUUUACGAAUGCCAAAUUCAAGGGAAUUCAAGUGGAAUUCAUAUCUAAAGUGAAUUGUUCUGCCUCAUUAAAUAGCAUGGAAGGUUGCUUUGCUACGCAUCAUGUGUUGGAGGAGAUAUUAGUUGGAGACAUACGCAUAGAGCGAGUCUUAAAAGUUGUGCUUAAUAAGGAAAACCAUGAUUUCAAAUGUGAAUGCUCAUUAUUUGAGUUUAGAGGUAUUGUGUGUCGACAUGUGUUAUCCGUGUGUAGUCAGGAGAGGAUUAUAAGUCUUCCAGAGAAGUACCUUUUAACGAGAUGGAAGAAAAACAUUAAAAGGAAGCAUUCAUAUAUCAAGACUAGUUAUGGUGUAACAGAGUUGAAGCCACAAAUGGACAGGUUUGACAAAUUAUGCAAGCAUUUUUAUGAGGUUGCUGAAGUAGCUGCUGAGUCAGAAGAGACUACCGAAGACCUCCAUGAAACAUUACAUUUGUUUGGCUCUAAUAUGUCCACAAAGGAUAGUGCCCUUAUUGAAGAAAACCUCAAUGAUGAUUUUAAUCCAAUCAAUAGUAAUAGAAUUCACAGUCCAAAACAUGUCAAGCGCAAAGGUCUUCCUCCAUCUAAAAGAAAAACAUUUGUCGCCGAAACGAUCGCCAAGAGGUCAAGGAAACGAACAAAAAACAUUGAUCACACUGAGCUUACUACAGAGUGCAAUAUUGGAAUGGUGGAAAAUCAGUUUGGAAGUAAUAUUUGUGUAGAAUCAUCUCUUGAGGUUGUUAAUGGAGAGCAUUACUUAGAUUCGAGUAUUGUGGUUGGAAAUUGUAUGUCAUUCAUGGAUCUUUUGACAACAUGUGAAACAACCUUGACGGGUUCAUCUCAAGUUAUUCAGGUGGAAUAUUCGGGUGGGAUGUUGCAAGAUUGUAAAUUGACUUUUGUAUUAAUCCAAAUUGUAAAUGGUGCAACUUGGUUAAUACAUUUCAUGAAAUUGGUUAACGAAAGUUUAACUUUGCUUGAUGCAGUUCCAGACUUUAAAACAAUGGAAAUUGCAUUUUCAGACUUGGUUAAUACAUUCAUGAAGUUGGUUAACGAAAGUUUAACUUUGCUUGAUGCAGUUCCAGACUAUAAAACAAGGGAAAUUGCAGUUUCGAACUUUAAAACAAGGGAAAUUGCAGUCCCAGACCUGGUUAAUACAUUUCAUGAAGUUGGUUAA